AUAUAAUAGCAAAUUGAACAGAAUUCAUCCCAAUCAAGUAUGCUGACCAAAGUGGACAUCAUUGGCUAUUGUACAGAGAUGUGAUAUCAGCAGAUAUUUGUUACAGAAGCGGAUACUCUUGACAUCAGAGGACAGUUCGAAAACCCAAGUUCCGGUUUCACAUUUAGAGACAGUGUUGACCUCCGUGGUAAUUCUGAAAGCAGCGAAUAAUAGCAUUUGCAGAAGCUCUGGAUUAAUACCGAAGGUCAGUGCUGACCUCUGUUGUAGUUUUGAAAGCAGUGGAUAAUAUACUUUCAAUUAUAGGCACAAGGCCUGAAAUUUUGUAAGGACGGGAUAAUCAAUAACACAGAAUUUUGCUCAACUGGUACUCGUCAGUGAGUUCAAAAAGACGAAAGGCAAAGUUGACCUCGGCGACAUUUGAAAGGGGUGAAUAAUACUGGCAUUUGGAGGAGAUCUGGUUUGACAUUUACAGCCAGUGCUGACUUUUGUUGUACUUCUGAAAGUAGUGGAUAUAACUGGAGUUUGUGGCCAACCUUGAUAUUUUGGAACAUUACUAAUAUAAGUGGACGGUCAUCCCAGCCGAGGAAAUUAUUGGACAGUCAUAGCGGACAGAUUUAACAAAUUCUCCCGUUGCCCACUGAAAGCUGUGGUGCUGCCUCAAGCCCCGCCAAAGAGCAGGAUGUACCAGUUUCUAUCUGCCGGUACAACCAUGACCAUCGUGUUGCUAGUAAACCUAGCAACAAUUCUGACCGUUACCUCAGAUCAGAAGUUUAAUGAAGCCCACUACAAACGUUUGCCUCCUGGGUAUUCCUAUGGUUACCUUCAGACAUCUCCAACAGAACAAUUCUCCACAUCACGAAAUCUACUGGCAUGUACCGCUAUCUCCCUGAAGAGUCAAUCCGAAUUGUUCACUUACAACAAAGUCAGCCAUGUUUGUAAGAAUUACUCACCGAAAAAUAUAAUGACAGUCGUCAGCACGAAUGACAGCAACGAGAUGUCCUACUUCAGAAGUAGUGAAUGGAUUAAAACUUAUGCCAUAUCAGUGGGAGCAAAUUCGUUAAUCUAUAAUUCCAUACUCAAUAUAGGAAGUCCUUCAACUUGGAAAGUGGACAAGUGCAAUGGAGCUUAUUGUCCUAAUUUCUUCCGACAUCCAAUACUCGACAUCUGGAAGAGUCUUCCAAUUGAUCAGGUGAAACUUGUGCUAUACAAAAAGAAAACAGCUGUAGUAACAAUGGUGUUUAAUGGACGAAAUACAACACUUGAAAAUUGGUUCUCUGCUAAAAACCUGAAAAGUUCCCCAUGGAAUGAUCUAGCAACAAGCCCCCAAAAUUCUUUCUCAAUGGCUGGCGCUGUAAACAUCCGCCGAUUCUAUGUGUCAGCUUUUCACAACGCAUGUCCCGGUGAUGCCGGCUGGUUGUGUAUUAAUGAAAAAUUCCAUGUAUGUACUUGGGAAAGGUCAAGCUAUUUCCCUUCAAUCAUAUACUCUAAUACAAAGGCGAAAACCAUAUGGCAUAACGGAUAUGGAACAGCUGAUUCCAUGGCCAUAUUCAUUCGAAUGAAACCGAACUAAUCAAUCGCAGGAUAUCCACACCAGCCGCUAUUCCGAGUGUUAAUUGUUGUUGUUAUUAUUGUUAUCGGCCAAUACCAAGUCGACCGCCACCAAUGCUCACAAUUCAACUGAUCAAUACCCCCACCUCCUCGCCACAAUAAACCUUCGAUCCAACAUUGACUGACUUCGGGAUUCUCGUCUGCUUGAUACGAUGAUGUUCUGUGUAUAUCUUCUCUUUUUUAAUUUUCGAGUAAAUUCUGACCGUUCACCGAUUUCGUAGCAAGGUUGUGAAGGAAAACAUCUUGUUUUAACCAUCGCCUUUAAAAUCUUAAGAAGGUCUUGCAAAUUUUUAUACCCCCAGAUAUCGCGAUCAUUUGUAGCUUAUGGAUUAUGAAUAUGCAUUCUCUUCACAAAGUUCUAAGUUCUGCCAUACUUUACUCCGGACGGGUUGGUAUGUGUCCUGUUAAUUGGUAUGAAACUGGAAGCGCAUCUUGAGUACUGGAUAUGCAAAUGCCUUAUCAAUGGUCCAUAGAUGUCCUCUUUACCUUGUAUUUUCCAAAUCACAUUCGUGUCUGGUGGGCAGAUGAUUUCCAAAGUAUGUAUGUAUGUAUGUAUGUA